AUGGCGCCAGCCCCAGUCACCGAUGACUACUACUUGAUUCUAGAGGUGAAGCCAACUGCGACCUUGGAGGAGAUUACAAAAUCAUACAAGCGCCUAGCACUUCAGUGUCAUCCCGACCGAAGCAAAGAGUCCAAUGCAACGGCGGCUUUCCAACUACUAGGAGAGGCGUACGAGACGCUCAAAGAUGAGAAUAAGAGACGGGCCUACGAUUCACUCUAUCAUCGGAUCAAAGCCACCAGGCCAAACCCAGCACAGAGUCGUCGAAAAUCGAAGUCCACGCCCAAGCCAGAAACUCCGACAGCCAUGCCCCCGAGACAAUCUGAUGAGGCCAUGGACUUGGCAGAAAUGGCCGCAACCCGCAAGAACAAGGAACAACGACUUGCCAAAUGGAAGGUGGAGCGGAAGCGAUGCGAUGAUGGUAUCUCCGAGCUCACUAGGGAUAUAAACAAGCUUAAGACUGCACUGAAGGAGUAUGAAGCAAAGAAAAAGGCAGACCGAGCAGGAGAUGCGGCUAUUGCUAGCUGGCCAACAUGGCUACUGUCUGCAUUUCGAAAGAAACGAGUUGAGAGCGCGGAAGAGCAGAAGAGAAAGACCUAUGACCGUCUGAACAGAUACCACGGCGCGAAUAUGAAGCUGUGGAAUCUGGGAGUCAAGCAGGAUCGUCUGAAAGACUGGGAGAGGCAGCUAUCACGUAGUAGAGCAGCUUUCGACGCAGGCAACGCCAUGGACGACGGUGCGAUACGAUUCAUCGAAUCCCGCAUGCGUGACCGACGCGCGAGGGAGCAGCAAGAGCGGAUGCUGGCGAAGCAGAGAGCCCACGACGAAGCUCUGCGAGAAGAGCGUAGGAAUCGGGACAAGGCGCAGGCCGAGGCGCAGGCGAGGGCUCGAGCUGAGUGGGCGACACGAGCAGCCGCGGCGAGGAAGCAAGCGGAGAGGGCGAGGUCUCCGACCCAGAAUGGUGAAGAGCCGAGUCCAUCGAAGCCAUCCGCCGCUCGCCCGAGGGCUACCUGCAGCCACGACGGUUGGUGGUUGCGGGUGGACGGCGAUGGGAGUUGGGACCGGCUGGCAUGCGAGGAGUGUUCGGCAACGUACAGCUACCUCCUCCAAUGUCCGGGUUGCAAGAUCAAGGCUUGUGCGACGUGUCAGCAGGAUUUGAGGCCGGUGAGGAGUUGGGGUGGAGGGCGACGGCCGCACGGCGAGCGUCCUGGUCAUACGAAGGCGACGACAUCACCACCAGAGCAGCACUUCAGCCACAACUAUGACUAG